AUGCGAGAUGAGAUCUUCAAAGCCAUGAUGAACGGCCAGAAGUUCUGCCUCAAGUGGGACAGCUUCCGCACGAGCGUCACGUCCGUGUUCGACCACCUGCGGCAGGAUGAGGAGCUGGUGGACAUCACGCUCUGCUGCGACGGCCACAAGGUCAAGGCGCACCGCAUGAUGCUCUCCGCGUGCAGCCCCUACUUCCGCGAGCUGCUCAAGGAGAACCCGUGCCAACACCCGGUGUUCUUCCUGAAAGACACGAGCAUCGAGGACCUGCGCGCCGUCAUCGAGUUCGUCUACAAGGGCGAGGUGAACGUGUCGCAGGGCCAGCUGGCAAGCUUCAUCAAGACGGCCGAGAUGCUGCAGGUGAGCCUGAGGCGGGCCAAUCACGACGCAGGUGAGCCUGAGGCGGGCCAAUCGCGGCGCAGGUGA